AAAAAAAUGCAGGCAUUACAGCUCCGCUGGCCACGAGGCAUGGGCUAGGGACGUGUUGGCCAUCCAACUAUUUUUAGAUAGGAUGGUGAGCGGAUUUGACCAGAGUUCGACAUUUAGAGCAUUUGAUUAUGAAGCGGUUCCCUGUCGUAUGCAAAAAGGAUCGUAUGAUUGUGGCAUACAUGCGUAUUUUUUCAUUAAGACGAUUCUCGAGGAAAGGGAGAUAAUGCAAGUUGAAGCCUUGCACAGGGAGUCACAUAUGCUACGAGCAGGACUUGCUGCUCAACUCAUAUGUGAAGGGCGUGAAGGGAAAAAACUGCGGUUGAAAUUAGACAGUGAUGAUCCAGAAUAUUUUUUGUACUUUGGGGGUAGUGAUGUACCUAAGAUUGAGUGGAAGUAUUAGACUCUACAUUAACUGUGUCAUUUGUUUAAACGUGGUGAUGUACAGGCUAACCAGUUUACUAGCUGUGUGUGACAUUUGUUGGAUUGCUGUUGACGACUUUUGGGGCUGUUACGCGAUGUUUUAGUAUGCCGUGUGACUUUUGAGUCUUGUAUGUGACGUUUUAGUGUUCUGUGUGACUUUUGAAUAUCACGUGUGUCAUUUUAGUGUACUGU